AAGAAAUGUAACCAUUGUAAAAGAAACAAAAACACAUGACAAAGAAGCCUACAAGAACACCAAUGUCAAUAAGUAUUUCCAUGGUUGUCUCUCCUUUUCUGACUGUAUACCCAUUCGUCACAACUCGGCCGAUUCCGUACCUUCAUCUAGUAGAUAGUAGCGGAUUCACCUGAGGAUUACCGAUUGAGAAUAUACCAUUAAAGUAAAUCAUUUCUAAGAUGAACAACGUACAGAAGAAAUAGAGAUAUUCAUUACCAGACAGACAAACAGACAGACAAAGAACUACAUUAUAAGCUAUGUCUAAUAACGAAGUUAAAACUUCUGAUACAAUUAUCUCCCUUGAUCUGACUCAUUGCCAUGCACCACAGGAUCAAACAAGAUGUAAAAUUGAGGAACAAACUGUGUAUGAUGAAGAAUGGAGUUGUAAUUCAAAAUUGAGAAUACAUACAGGGAUUAAACCUUUUGAAUUUGAUGGAGAUACCAAAGCAGAAAGUGAUUCAGAGAAUUCUGAAUUGCAAGGACAAACGAGAACACAAACAUCUGAUAAACCAUUUGUAUGUGGUGUAUGUGAUAAAACCUUCUUUCGAGAACCUUAUUUACUUAUACAUAUGAGAGAACACAGUGCUGACACACCUUAUAAAUGUGAAAUAUGUGGUAAAGAGUUCAGUACAAAAGGCAUCUUAAAAACCCAUAUGAAAACACAUACCAUGGAAAAACGUUUACAGACUCACAUGAGAACACAUACUGGUGAUAAACCUUAUAAAUGUGUUGUAUGUUGUAAAAGGUUUAAAGCCAAAGGAAACUUGGCUCAACACAUACAAAUACAUACUGGUGAUAAACCUUUGAAAUGUGAUAUUUGCUGUAAAGGGUUCUAUAGAAGAAGCAUCUUAACUAUCCACAUGAGAACACAUACUGGUGAAAAACCUUACAAAUGCGAUGUCUGUUGCAAAAGGUUUAAUAAUAAAGGCACUUUAACUGUACACAUGAGAACACAUACAGGUGACAAACCUUAUAAAUGUGAUUUAUGUUGUAGAAAGUUUAAUCGUGAAGGGCAUUUUACUAAACACAUGGAAUCACAUAAAGGAAAUAGUAAACAAUUUAAAUGUAAUGACUGUGGUUUAGAAUAUAAUUUGAAUGGUUUAUUACAGUUACACAUAAAGAAAACACACAUUGGAAAGAAACCUACUGAAUGUGAUGUAUGUGGUAGAAAGUGUAUAGAUCCAAGCACCCUAACUGCACACAUGAGAACACAUACUGGUGAAAAACCUUAUAAAUGUGAUGUUUGUUACAAAGUUUUUAGUCAAAGAGGAAGCUUAAAUAAACACAUGAAAUUACAUACUGGGCCAGUAACUAGUGAUAAACCUCAUAAAUGUGAUGUUUGCUGUAAAAAGUUCAGACAAAAAGGCACCAUUACUAACCACAUGAGAACACAUACUGGUGACAAACCUUAUAAAUGUGAUGUAUGUUGCAAAAGCUAUAUUGAUAAGGGCAAGUUAACUGUACACAUGAGAACACACACAGGUGACAAUCUCUAUGAAUGUGAUGUUUGCUGUAAGGGGUUCAAUCAGAAAGGCCAUUUUAUGAUACACAUGAGGAACCAUACUGGUGAUAAACCUUACAAAUGUCAUUUAUGUUUUAGAGGGUUUAGUCAUAAAGGGAACUUAACUAAACACAUGCGAAUACAUACGGAUGAUAAACCAUAUAAAUGUGAUGUUUGUGGUAAAGGAUUCAAUGUAAGAGGCGACGUAAAAAUACACAUGAUAACACAUACUGGUGAUAGACCUUAUAAAUGUGAUGUAUGUGGCAAAGGGUGUAAUACUAGUACCCACUUGACUACACACAUGAGAAAACAUACAGGUGAGACACCGUAUAAAUGUAAUGUAUGUUGUAAAAUGUUUAAACACAAAGUAAGCUUUGAUAAUCACAUAAAAUUACAUACAGGCGAUAACUCUUAUAAUUGUGAUAUAUGUUGUAAAGUGUUUAAAUACAAAACAAGCUUUGAUAAACACAUAAAUUACAUACUAGUGACUUUGUGGACUAACAUUCCUGGACCAACAGUUUCAGAAUAACAUGACAGCACAUACUCGACCAUGUUGACUGAAUUGACAGAUAAUUAUUAAUUAAUAUGUGAUAUUAUUGCCAAAAAACUUUAAAUGUAAUGGAUAUAAGCAAUCAAACCAUCCAACUGUACGGCCUUCAACAUUGAAAAAAACCACACCAUAUAGUCCGUUAUCAAGUGUUUAUUAUCAAGUGUAUGUUUAUCAAAGUUUUGCAUGAAGUAAAUAUUAAUCUUGUGUUGAGGUUAUAAUUCAUUUAAACUACAAGUUUGCAUAUUUAUAUUAUUGAAUUAAUUAUAUUUAUUUUUUGGGUAAAGAUUGCAUGAAAUACAAUCAAAACCCUAUGUUACUGACUUGAUAUCUAAAUCCUCCAAGGCUUAUCACUACCUUUUUGAUACACAAAAUAAAGUGCAUUGAUCAUAACAUUAUAUACAUCCUAUCCAUGAACAGGAAAUUUAUUAAUUUAAUAUAUGCUCAGAUAUUCAAGUCACAAAACAAUGUUCCACAUGUCAAGAAAAUUACAUAACUUUUGCAAGGUGGAGGAAUCUAAUAUCUGUUCUAAAAAUAUAAAUAAUAUCAUUGUUAAAGUCAUCUUUAAAAAUUGGAGUUAUCUCCCAUUGUCCAGAUAGGAGUUGAAUCAACUAGCUUCAUUGACAAUGCAAUAUUUAAAUUUACUUCCCACUGAUAAAAUUAACGCAAUCUUUACCCUUCUGUGCUUACAAGAACUUUGAUUUUGACAUUUGGACUCAUUCAAUGGACGUGUGGUAAUGAUUGUAUUCAGAUGUAAUCAGUUAACUUGUUGGGUAUUUUAAAACUUAUUCACACGACA